UCAACGGCCUCGGCGCGAUCUUCGCAACUUCAAGGUCGAAGAUUCUCGUGGGCUCCCACGUCAUCGUACUUAGUGGGGCCGGCGCGCGCGCCGCCUGGGAGAGAACCCGCGACGGAGCAAGCAGCUCACUUUUCAUUUCGCUCCGUCGGACGCACCCGCUUCACACCAUGGCUCCUGCCCAGAACACCCAAGGCUUUGCCGUCAUGCAUGCCCCCAACUUGAACAAGGGCCUGGAAUUCACGGAAGACGAACGCGAGGCGCAGAGCCUCCGCGGCCUCCUCCCGCCGGCGGUCUGGUCGCCCGAGCUCCACUUGGAGCACGCGAUGGCGCAGUUGCGCUCCAAGGCGACGCCGAUCGAAAAGUACAUUUACAUGCAGAGCAUGCAGGACCGCAACGAGCAGCUGUACUACCGCAUGCUCGCGCAGCACACGCACGAGCUCAUGCCGAUCGUGUACACGCCGACGGUCGGCCAGGCGUGCACGGAGUUCAGCCACAUUUACCGCCAGACGCCGCGCGGCCUCUACAUCUCGAUCAACGACCUGGGCCAUGUGCGCGAGAUCCUCGACAACUGGCCCGAGGAGGACAUCCGCGCGAUCGUCUUUACGGACGGCGAGCGCAUCCUCGGCCUCGGCGACCUCGGUCUCAACGGCAUGGGCAUCCCGAUCGGCAAGCUCGCGCUCUACACGGCGUGCGCGGGCGUCCACCCCAAGUACUGCCUCCCCGUCACGAUCGACGUGGGCACUAACACGCAGAGCAUCCUCGACGACCCGUUCUACAUGGGCCUGCGCCAGAAGCGCGACCGGUCGUCGGCGUACGACGAGCUCAUCGACGAGUUUAUGAACGAGGCCAAGGCCAAGUACGGCCCGCAGGUGCUGCUCCAGUUUGAAGACUUUGGCAACACGAACGCGUUCCGCCUCCUCCACAAGUACCAGGAGACGCACUGCACGUUCAACGACGACAUCCAGGGCACGGCCUCGGUCGUCCUGGGCGGUCUCUUUGCGGCCGAAGAGAUGACCAAGAAGCGCCUCUCGGAGCACACGUUUGUCUUUAUGGGCGCGGGCGAAGCCGGCACGGGGAUCGCGGACCUCAUCGCGAUGGCCAUCACGCAGGAAGACCCGGAGAAGAGCAUUGAAGACGCACGCCGCCAGAUCUCGCUCGUCGACUCCAAGGGCCUCGUGGUCGCCAGCCGCCUCGAAGAGCUCCAGCACCACAAGAUCAACUACGCCCACGAAGUGGAGCCGGCAAGUACCUUGAUCGAGACCAUCGAGCGUGUCCGCCCGUCCGUGCUCAUUGGCGUGUGCACGAUCGCCAAGACCUUCAACCAGGAGGUCUGCGAAAAAAUGGCCGAGCUCAACGAGCGUCCCGUCAUCUUUGCGCUCUCCAACCCGACGUCCAAGGCCGAAUGCACGGCCGAAGAGGCCUACACGUGGACCAACGGCCGCUGCGUCUUUGCGAGCGGGUCACCGUUCGACCCUGUCACGUUCAACGACCAGGUGUUUGUGUCCGGCCAGGGCAACAACGCGUACGUCUUCCCGGGCAUUGGCCUCGGCGUCGUCGCGGCCGGCCUCACGCGCGUCGACGACACGAUCAUGCUUGUCGCGGCGCGCACGCUCGCAGACCGCGUCACGGAAGAGGACCUGGCGACGGGCAGCGUGUACCCGCCGCUCUCCAAGAUCCGCGAGGUCUCGCUGUACAUUGCCGCGGCUGUCGCCGAGUACGGCUUCAAGCAGGGCUACGCGACGAUCGACGAGCCGUCGAGCUGGACCGAGCUGUGCCAAAACGCCAUGUACAACCCUUAAUUCCACUGCGUCUUUUCUUCA